GCCGUUCUGGCUCAAGGAAUUCCUACCUCAAGAAGUGUUGCGUUUGCACGUCCAGCCGCCUCCUUCACGGGGCCAGAUCACAGAAAGUGCACACCACGAUGAUGGCCCCGUGCAUGAAAGACGCGUGCGGUGGCGACGUGAAAGCCAUCGCUUAUGGCCUGUUCGUGACGCUCAUCCUGUCGGCGACGAUGGUGGUGGCAGGCUUGAAGGCGGGCAUCACCCCAGGCGUCAGCCCGCUGGUGGUGCUGUGUGGCUGGGGUGCCUUUCGGAAGGCGUCGAGGGGCCCAGCCGGAUCGCGCUUCCUGAACCUGAGCCAGGUGGCCGGCUCCGCUGGCAUGGCAAUCGUCAGCGGGGUGAUCUUCUCGGAGCCGCUGCUCCAGGUCAUGCACCUCAACUUCGCGCAAGAUGAGCUGGACCGCCUAGGCGUGGAGAAGAAGCUGGCGGAGAUGCCGUGGGGCGAGGCCCAGAGCCUGAUGGCGCAGUACGGCCUGUCUAUCCCAGAGGUGGACGUGCCCGUGAACAUCAUGGCCUGCCUCGUGGGCUCGCUGAUCGGCUGGGGCUUCGUCGGCCUCACCACGCGCAAGUUCCUCUCCGACCCGACCCUGCCCGCGCCGGAGGCGACGGCGUGCGUCUCGAUGAUCGAGGCCGCCGUGGCCGACAACGGACACAGGCCCAGGCUCGGCGUCUCCCUGAUGCUCAGCAUCGUUGGCAGCUUCGUCACGCGGGUGCUGGCGCUCCUGUCGCUGGCCUCCAGCUCCAUCCUCGUGUGGUCCAGGGAGGGCGCAAGCGGCUCCGCCUUCGAGCUGCUGGUGCCCUUCGACAGCGGCGCGCUCUACCUCGGCAUCGGCGCCCUGCUCACGGUGCCCACCGCGCUGCUGACCUUCACCGGCUCCUUCGUGCGCCUCGUCGGGGACUUCCUGCUGGCCGGCGUCGAGCCCGGCACGGACCUGGCGGCGAAGAUGCCGGCCAACUCGAUGCGCUGGGUCGGCGGCGGUGCCAUGACGGUCGCCGUGGCCUACAGCCUCGCCAGGUUCCUGGGCGCGGGCCUGGUCCGCAGGCCCCGUGCGGCGCAGUCCGCCGGCGACGUCGAGGCGAGCACCGGCGCGGACUCGCUGCUCGACAUCGGGGCCCGCAACGCGAGGGUGCUGGCGGGCGCCGUCGCGGUCGGCGCCCUCGGCCUGGCCAUCUGGCUCUUCGCCACGGAGGGCUUCAGCGCCUUCAGCGUCUUGAUGGUCGUGGCCAUCCUGGUGAUGGCCUCGCUGAUGGUGCCGCUGGGCGCGAUACUGUCGCUGCAGAUCGGAGGCUCCUGCUCUCCGGUGUCCGGCACUGUGUUCGUGACCACGCUGGUGCUGUGCCUGGUGGCCCUCGCGACUGGCCAGAGGGAUGUGGGCGCAGUGCCAACUAUCACGACGCUGCUAGUUGCGGCGUGCGUGGCCGUCUGCUCCGCCAACGACGUGAGCCAGGACUACAAGACCCUGCAGCUGUGCGGCGUCGCCCCGCGCGAGGGCUUCCUGGCCCAGAUCUUGGGCCUGCUGGUCGGCUCCAUAGUGGUGCCCCUGUCCCUCUACGUCGCCGACAGCGCCUACGGCCUCGGCACCGAUGCGCUGCCGGCGCCGCAGGGUAAGAUGUUCGCCACCCUGGUGCAGGGGCUGCUGAUCGAGGAGGAGCUGCCCUGGUACCCCAUCCUCAUCGGCGUGGGCGUGGGCGCCUGCGCGGUGGUCCUCGACUACGUCGGCGGCCGCCUCGGCGUGCAGAUGCCCGCCAUGUCCAUCCCCGUCGGCCUCUACCUGGGCGCGGACACGGGCAUCGGCAUCCUCAUCGGGUCCGCCUUCCGCUUUGCGGGCGAGCGCAUGCGCGAGCGCACGACAGGCGUGCCGGGCUCGCAGACGCACGAGUGCAUCCUGGCCGCGGCGGGCAUGAUCACUGGCGGCGCUUUCCUGGACCUCCUCCUGGGCGUCGCCAUCCUGUUCGGCUUCGACCCCGCGACCCUCAGCGUGUUCUCGAGCAGCGGCGCCGACGGCAAGCUCGACAUGCCGCUCGCCCUCUCCGACUCCCUCUCUGUGCUCGGCCUUCUGUUCCUGGGCUGGGUGCUGCUGCACAACUCCCUCCACGGCAGCGGGGACGAGGGGCCGCCCUGCAAGGGUGGCAAGGCGUCGUGCAGCGAGGAAGCGUCCGCUGCGUCGUCGCCCUCCGACGCGCGCGUGGCCCUCUGAGGCUCGGCGUAUCCCUCUCGCGGGGCUCGCGCGGCGCACGCCGUGGUUGUGAUGAGUGGUGUCGGGGGUUCCGUUUGUCGGCCUGUCAGUACAUCGGGUCGUUGGGGCCGGCGGAUUUUACGAAUCUUUCGUUGGUCGGCCCGGCAACAGUUCGGGCCGAUGUAUGUUUGCGAGCUCAAACAGCGAAGUGGGCGUCGAGGCAGUGGCACCAGCUACCACUGCAUCAGCAUUGUCUAGUACAACACCCUUGACGGUGUUCAGAGAGGGCAGGUGGGUCCGCGUUGGUCUGAAUGUGGAAUUUGCACAAGACGUUUCCACUUCCAGCGCGUUACUAGGGCCCACGGUUGUCAGCAUUAGCAGAAACACAAUCUACUCUGCUAGUACAUAUCGGACAGGCAACAUAAACGUGUAUGAUUCCCUCGUGGUUUGCAGCCCCCGUGUGCUUCUGACGCUUGCACCUGCGCGCGGCCAGUCUGCCAUUCCGCCGGGGCCCCCGGGAAGGAGGAAAAAGGCAGGCGGGGCGAGAGUGUAGAGCCUGGGCCGCGCGGGCUGCCCGAGCACGGAAGAGGCGCAGGAG